AGCUGUUUAUGUCUAUUUGUAUUAGUUUGUGAAGUGUACUUUUUGUUCCUUUAAAUAAUCUUUGCGCUACUUUCUAUAUUUCAUAACGAGGCUGCAACACGUGCAAUUUCUUUUCCGACAUUUUUGUACGGCAAGAUCUUUGUCAAGAACCGCUUUGUCUUUAAACUGCUCAGCUAUCCCUGAUUCACCAAGAUGGUCAAGGAAGACAAGGCAACAUGGAAGUCUAACUACUUCAUCAAGAUUGCUAAACUUUUGGACGAUUAUCCAAAAUGCUUCAUUGUGAAUGCAGACAAUGUCGGCUCGAAACAGAUGCAGCAAAUCAGAGCUGCUCUCCGCGAACAAGCUAUUGUGUUAAUGGGAAAAAAUACAAUGAUGAGGAAGGCUAUAAGGGGACAUCUAGAAAACAACCCAGCCCUUGAGAAAUUGCUGCCUCACAUUGUUGGAAAUGUAGGCCUGGUCUUCACAAAGGGAGAUCUCAUUGAGGUCCGAUCAAUGCUUCUGGCAAACAAGGUCAAAGCCCCUGCUCGUGCUGGAGCUAUUGCCCCAGUUGAUGUAGUAGUGCCAAAGCAGGCAACCACCUUGGGACCCGAGAAGACCUCUUUCUUCCAGGCUCUGCAGAUCACAACCAAGAUUACGAAGGGAUGUAUUGAAAUCUUGAACGAUGUGAACCUGAUCAAGACUGGAGAUAAAGUCGGACCUUCAGAAUCCACUCUUCUGAACAUGUUGAACAUCUCGCCUUUCUCUUAUGGUCUUGUCAUCCAAAGAGUGUACGACUCUGGUAGUGUGUUUGAGCCAAUGAUCUUGGACAUCACUGAUAGUGAUUUGAUGCAGAAAUUUAUGAUGGGCGUAAGGAACGUGGCUGCAGUAUCUCUGGGGAUAGGUUACCCAACAGCUGCCUCAGCACCCCACUCCAUUGCUAAUGGAUUCAAGAAACUGUUGGCCAUUGCCGUGGAGACCGAUAUCACCUUUGCUGAAGCUGAGAGAACAAAGGAAUAUUUGGCUGACCCAUCUAAGUUUGCCGUUGCUGCCCCAGUUGCAGCGUCAUCA